AUGUCAAAAUACCUCUACGUCCCCGCCUCCUCCCGCUCCUCCCGCAAAGACAUCGGAGCCUCCUCCUACACAACCACGCCCUCCAGAACACCCGACCAAACGCCUCAUCCGUCGGGGCAGACCUGUCUCUACGACCCCACCAAAUACCCCCAGAGUCAAGCAGCCCAGCAAAGAGACAAAUACAACUACGUCCCCGCGAGCUCCCUAACAUCCCGCAAGGACAUCGAUGAAUCUUCGUACACAACGACCCCGUCCCGAACGCCGGGUGAGCGGACACCGCUGUCCGGGCAGUGCUGCUAUGCUGCGUCGAGGUGGGAUGCGAAUUCUGCGUCAUUUGCGGGGUUGAAUGAUAUGACUGAGCGGGCUUGGAGGGGGAGUCAUCCAGAAGCCAGUGUCAACGAGCACGGCAAUGCUCAUGCCAAUAACGGCGAUGCUGAUGAGAAGCAUGGGAACCAGGAGGAUAAUAAUAAUUAUGAGGUGGCAGUUUUCGAGAGACCCGAUCUGACAAGUCGGAGGAGUAUGGAGAUCAUCGAUUCGCUGUUGGAGGGGUUGCAGCGUGAGGAAGAGAAGGAGGAGGAGGGUUCUGAAAACAAGGCCUCUGAGGAUAAGAAUAUUGCCAAUGCCAACGGUGAUUGCGACUGCAACAAGAAUGAAACCGACAGAAACAACAACAUUACUCCUUUCCACGGCAAUGUCGAUAUUGACAUCAACGACUGCAGAGACGGGAUGCAAACGCCCGAGCCGACUCCUCGUGUUCUCGUGGAUCAAUAUUAA